AUGAUGCUUGUGCUUGUUCAGGAUCAGCUUUCAGGUAGGAACCUAAACCUACAGAAAGCAGAAAGUAGAAUAGAAAGUCGCUUGGCAAGAAGAGAUUCUGAAACAGGUUCCCUCGUAGGUCAAAUGGCAAUAAAGACCUCAUUGCUGAUGAUAACGGAGAAACAAGAAAAACUGUCAGACCAGUUAAUUAAACCAUGGAGUGACUGGGAAAUCUGGAGUUUCCUGCAAGAAUGGGAAUGUCAUGAAUGUGAAGUGUACUUCAAAGUGAAGAAGCAUCACAUAGUAUCUAGAGAGGUUGCCAAGCAUCUCAAGCAGAGGGGCAUAAACAAAAGCUGGCAGGAAUGUCUCCUGAUGAUGAUAAGUUUGCAAGAUUUAUACUACACUAAUUGCGAGGCCAAUAACAGGCCCAGGAGUAAACCCUUGCCGUGUCCUUAUGGAGAGGCCCUACACAGGAUUCUGGGACGCAGAUGGAAGGCCAGCAUCUUUUCAGAUCCUCCCUAUGCAGAUAUGGCUGACCUCCUGCCUCCUAAGUACCAGCCCCAGGCCUCUGGCAUGCCUGUUUCUCUCAAUUGGCCGCUGUGGGCUCCUCCACAUGUGAUCUACAGGGAGGAUCCUCAGGCACCCAGAUGGCAGCCCUGGAACAUGAACUUGCCAUGGUCAGCUCAAUGCCUCUCUCUGCAUUACUCCAGUAUCCCCAUCUCCCAGCAGCAGUGGUCCACCUGUAAUUAA